AUGCUGUCCGGGGCGCUUCAGGAGAGCUGGGUCCCGAGGGCGGGCUCCGCCGUCUACUUCCACCGCCAGGAGCUGGACAGGUCCCUGGAGGAGCGGGCGGUGGACCUCCUGACGAUCACCGCGGCCCCGCGCCGAGGCGAGCCCAGGCAGCUGGAGCGGUACCCCCCCGACCUGCCGCUGCGGGGCGAGCCUCCGCGCCACUUCCCGGGCAGGCCAGUGGCGUUCUUCUCCGCGCGGGUUCACCCUGGCGAGACGCCUGGCCAGUUCGCCCUGCUCGGGGCCCUGCGGCUGCUGCUCUCCGAGGACCCGCGCGCCGCGGCGCUGCGGGAGGCCUUCGUGUUCAAGGUUGUGCCGAUGCUGAACCCGGACGGCGUGGCCAGGGGCCACUACCGGACGAACAGCCGCGGCCUCAAUCUGAACCGGCACUACGACGCCCCCGUCCGCGCCGAACACGAGGCAGUCUGGUCCGUCCGCCGCCUCCUGGAGUACUGGGCGGAGACACGAGGAGAGCGAGAACGCCUGCUGCUGUACGUCGACUUCCACGCGCACGCCACCAAGCAGGGCUGUUUCUUCCUCGCGAACCGUCUCGAGGGCGCCGGCCAGGCCUGGAACAUGGGCUACGCGCGUGCGUGCCAGGUCAAUUCGCCGCACUUUGACAUCACCGCAUGUGAGUUCGCGGCGGCCGGGGUGAAGGAGGAGAAGAAAGACAAGGACGGGCUUGGCAAAGAAGGUUCUGGUCGCGUUGCCAUCUACAAGUGUUGCCGCCUGUGCCAUGCCUACACCCUCGAGUGCAACUACAAUUCUGGGAAGUACGUCAACCACACCUACGCGCCGUCGGCCGCGGGCCUGCCCUCCUGGGCCGAGAGCCCGGGCGCUGCGGCGGGGCGCGAGGCGGUCGUGCCCUACGGCGCGGGCUGCUGGGCCAACAUCGGCGAGGCCCUCUGCGUGAGCCUGCUGGACAUGUACGGCCACAACUGCUGCAGCCGGCUGCCUGGGUCGAAGUACGGAUCCUUGGUGCGGCUCGUAGGGGCCUCGCACCUGCUGGGCCAGACCCCAGCCAGCACGGCGCGCAAGGCGCCCGCGGAGAUCCUGCCGCUGGCGCUGGCGCAGCUGACCCUGGACGCGGCCUCGGAGCGCGAGGCCUGCUGCCAGCGCGGGCCGCAGUGCUGCUGGGGCGCGGGCCCGGCGCCCGGCGGCGGUUCCGCCGCGGCGCGGCGCCAGAGCUGGUCCGGCCGGUGCAGGGGCAGAGGGUCCCCCUGCGCGGCUUCGGUGCGCACUGUCGUUGGCAGAGGCGCGCAGCGGCUGCAGCUCGGCACCCCGCGCCAGCCGGGGCUGCCGUCGAGAUCCCCGUCGCCACGGAGGCCACCGCCUGCGAGGUCGCCCCGCCAGGGCAGGCCACCGCGCGGCGGCCGUGCCGCCCGCCCCCCUCCUGGCCGUGGGCGGCGCCAGGCAGGGGCGACGCACGGACAGCGCCCCGUUGCCGCGCCGCAGGUCGAACUCGCUGUCCUCCAAGCUGGGGCAGGCGGGCGAGCGUGCCAGGAGGGCGUGCGCCGGCUCCCCGCUGCUGGCGGGCAGCCAGGCGACAGGGGCAGACGCCGCCCGCGCCCUCGCGGCCUCGCCGCGGGCCGCGCCGGCCUGCAGCUCGAGCCCGGCGCUGCCCGGCAGGCCCGCCCGCGGCGGCAGCGCAGGUCUGCGCCGCGGCUGCCUGCACGCCGCGGGCGCGAGCGUGCUGCUGCACGACGGGCCGCCGAGCCCGUAGUAGCGCGCGCCUCUCGGUGGACGUGCCGCGGCUGGAAGAGGUGUUGA